AUGAGAAAUAAUGUGAAUAUAUUAGCAUUCUUGAUUAUAAUUAUUAUUGGUACCGCGUGCCGGGACAAUUUGAGAGUAAUUCACGGCAUUGACGACGGUGGAGACAGUCACGGGUAUGUUGUCGCUAUAGCAUUGGGUCUUCACUACAAAGCCGCUAGAUUUUGCACUGGGAGCCUGAUAGACACAAACUGGGUUAUAACAGCGGCCCACUGUUUCGCUACGGUAAAAGCAUUAGGAAUAGAUAACUGCUUAAUACUAUUUGAAAACUUUACGAUAACACCCAUAUAUGCUAGAUACGCCAGAAAGAUUUUGCAAGUUAUACCCCAUAUUUCAUACCAUAAAUCAAUAAAUAAGAAUGAUAUCGGACUUAUGCUGGUUGAACAUGUAGAAUUGAAUGUUUUUGGAAAAUUGUCUGCAGUUGAUUAUAGGACUUUUACUGGUCGUGCAGUGCAUUACGUAGGAGCUGGUGCAACUUAUACAGAUUUUGAUAAUGAGGAGAAUCCUAAAUUAGCAAAAGCCAUCAGUGACUUGGACGAUGUGAGGCCUCUUCAAAUAGGUGAAGCUGUUGUCGUGGCUUGCGGUAAAGCGAGUGUGAGAAGACUACCUGACGUAUCUCAUAAAAAGAACAAUGCUCUGAUAUGCUUGCGAUCUAAAUGUUCUAACAGAGAAGAAAGGGCACAAGUCGGUGACUCCGGAGGUCCUCUGAUACUUGACGGUAAGAUCAUAGGCAUUGCGCACGCGUUUGAUGACAGAAAUCCUUAUGAUUUUUACUACACAGCAAAGCGGACUGGUGGAGAACCAGUAAAGGAGUGUGGUGGAGUAGCCUCUCCAAUGGAUAGGGAAGAGGUAACGUCUGUGUAG